GCCCGCUGCAGACGCACCGCACCUCCAAAGGAGGCGAAGUCUUGGCUGGCCUCGUCGUCAAUCCAGUCAUCCUCUGCUUUGGCCCGGCAGGUACCCAACAUUGCCCUUUCCUCCUCCGCCCAUAGCUCAGGCACGGCUGGCCAUUCGCUCAGCACCUUUGAUUCUGCCACAAACACUACCUCAUCACCACCUCACUCACAUCGACCUGCCCAGAGCGACCGACUGUCCGUCCGUCCGUCCGACUGCGCAACCAUGGACUCGUCCGGCGUCCGCAGAAAGGACACCACCAAAGGCCCGCCUUUGCGCGUGCUCUCCCUCGAUGGAGGAGGCGUCCGCGGAUACUCGAUGCUCAUCAUUGUCCAGGAGCUCAUGCACCGCACUUUUGUCGAGACCGAAGGCCGCGCCCCCCGCCGCCAUGAGAUACCCAAGCCAUGCGACCACUUCGACCUCAUCGUCGGCACCGGGACCGGCGGCCUCAUUGCGCUCAUGCUCGGCCGCCUGCGCCUCGACCUCGAGACCUGCAAGGAACUGUACGUGCGCCUGACGCGCAUGGUUUUCGAGACGGACAAGACCAUUGCCGGCAUCCCAUACCGAUCGACGCUGUUCAAGGCGAGCAGGCUCGAGGACGCCAUCAAGCAGUGCGUGCGCGAGCACACCGUAUUUGAGGGCGAGGGAAAUGACGGUAACGUUGAAGACGAUCUCGUCAGCCCCCUCAACCCGGCCCAGCGAUCGAGCGCCUACCCGAGGCGCCACUCGAGCAACGCCAGCACCGUCAGCUUUAGCGCGCGCAGCCCCGCCGCCCAGAUGGCGGCGCGGCCCGCCUUCAACUCGAGAUACGGGAACCCAAAUGCCAGACUCUACGAUUCGCGGGAAAGGAGGACUAAGACCGCCGUGACAGCAAUUUACAAGGGGUCGCCGCGGGGCUCCCCGCCAGCCAUCCUGCGGUCCUACGACUCUCGACGAGAGCCGCCACCCGAGUUUGACUGCAAAAUCUGGCAGGCGGGCCGAGCCACCUGUGCCAUCGGCCUGGCCUUCAAGCCCAUUCAGAUCGGGCAGUCUUGGUUUCACGACGACGGGGUCGGAACGUUCAACCCGGCACCCGAGGCGCUCGACGAGGCCGUGGUAAAUGAAUGGCCCGGCCGAGAGGUUGGGUGUUUUGUCAGUGUCGGCACGGGAAGGAGGCCCAAGUCGAGCGAUGGCAACCAGCAAAUGUGGUACGAAGGGUUCCUCGGGGAGUUCGCCGAGGCACGGAGGAGACUGAUCGCCAAGAUCGAGGGCUGCGAAAAGAUCCACGAGGAAAUGAUGCGUGAGCACCUGCCGCGGAGGGGUGUUAACGUCGAGAAUUACUUCCGCCUCAACGUUGAGAUCGGCGUCGGCGAGUUCGGCAUGAACGAGUGGCACCGGCUCUCCGACAUUAGCACCGGGACGCGGCGAUACAUGGCCCGAGAAACAGAGCAGAAGAUGAUACAGGGCAUUUCGACCAGGCUGGCCAAGAUCCUGAAGGCCAAGAUACGCUGGGAGCGGGCGCAACAGGGCGUUCCGGAGCUAGUCAAGUCGACGUCAGCGACCAACUACGAGAUGCCGCUCGCGGUGGAGCUGCCAGGAGACGCGCCAACGUCGUAUGCCGCCGUGCCGCCACACAGCCCCAUGAGCCGAUCGUCGUUUGAAUCGGGCCCGGAAAGCCUACAGGUCGGCAACUUCCCUGCUUCGCCGAGGAGCUCGCACGACCGAAUGCGACCCGUGUCUGCAUGCUCACGAACGUCCCCGCCUCCGGCGGCGACAGACCGCCCUCUGCCGCCACCGCCCAUGGGCAGCCCGUCGCCUUACGGAGACGACCCGGACCGGCUCCUCGUCUCAGCACCGUCGCCCAUGCAGUAUCGGAACGCGUCUGGGGCGGACAAGAUUGCCAUCAUGAGCCCCGACGAGCACCCGCGGCCGCCACCCUCGAUGCACCCGGUGGGACCGCCCGCGACGCGGAUUGAGCCGCCGCCGCUGCCACCCAAGACACCCCUGCCGGACGGCAAUCAGCAGCAGCAGCAGCAUUACCACCCCGGCAGAGGCCCGAGGGUACCCACGCCUCCGUAUCCGCUGGACGACGAGGCACCACCGCCGCCCGUGAACAUGGCGCGGAAACCUGACUAUCGCGGGAGAUGAGCCGUGCGACGGGCCUCAGGGGAACAUUGUUUAUGGCUGGUGCGAAUUCGGAUCUUUCGGCAGGGACUGGCGUCUGGCGCGUAGUAGGACCAACUUGAGGCGGACACAUAUCACACAACAUGUCGAGCUGGGAUUGUCUAUGGACUUGCGCUUUGAUCUGAUACCAUGGCCGCGAGCUACUGCGGGACAGCUUAUUACGGGAAACGGGCUACGAGAUCUAGACUAAUGAUGGAUGCUAAACAUGGGGAUGCGGUAGUUAUUCUGACCAGCGUUCACGACAGACGCACAUACCUGCUACUAUAUAGUAAAGGAAUGAGUACGAUUUAACACACAAUGACAUCCUACCCAACAC